ACCGAACGCCCCAAGAGAUGCUCAGAGACCACCCUUGAGACCUGAGAAGUCUGCAUUGGCAAAGCCCCCCCGGUACAUUUCAGGCUGUUCCUACUCGUUAACCUCCCGCUCCACCCCUUCCCCUCCGACAAUAACGAUUAAACCCGAUCCACCGCGCCUGUGCUGGGUCUCGGGUGAAGAGCAGUGCUAGCCUGCGCGGGGGAGGAGAGAGAGAAGGGCGAGAGGAGGGGACAAGAGAGCUAGCGGUCCCGCCCGGUGAUGUAGGCAGCCCGGGGAGGUGGAGCCGCGACGCCUGAAGGAGUUCCCACCGCAGUCGCGCUCUCGGUCUACCCCUCCGAGCAGCCAGCCGCCAGCCCCGGCUCUGGCGACCUCCCUGCCGCGGCGAUCUGGGCGGCGGGGCCCUCGGGAUCCCCCCUAGUCGGGCCUGAGGGGCGCCUCCACCCCGCCCAGCCCCUGCCCCUCCUUGCUUCCCGGACGGCUGGAGCGACUCGCGGGGGAAGCUGUUCCCGGACGCUCAGCCGCCGCCAGGGCAUCUCGGCUGCCAGCCCGGCUGGGCACCGGGCAUCUGCGAAGCUAACUAGCCUUGUCUGGCACUGGGCAUCUCCGGGCACCGACUGUCUCCAGCGUCCCCUGCUUCCCGCAAGCCCGAGGCCGCUGGCUUCUGCGCUCCUUCCCCUCCCCCGGCCGCUGGGCAGCACGCCGGUGAGCUCCCGGCGCCCCCAGCCCCUCUGGCCACCGCCGCGAUGCUGCCCUGGAGACGUAACAAAUUCGUGCUGGUGGAGGACGAGGCCAAGUGCAAGGCAAAGAGCCUGAGCCCGGGGCUCGCCUACACGUCGCUGCUCUCCAGCUUCCUACGCUCCUGCCCGGACCUGCUGCCCGACUGGCCGCUGGAACGACUGGGCCGCGUGUUCCGCAGCCGACGCCAGAAAGUGGAGCUCAACAGGGAGGACCCGACCUACACCGUGUGGUACCUAGGCAACGCCGUCACCCUGCACGCCAAGGGCGACGGCUGCACCGACGACGCCGUGGGCAAGAUCUGGGCGCGCUGUGGGCCGGGCGGGGGCACCAAGAUGAAGCUGACGCUGGGGCCGCACGGCAUCCGCAUGCAGCCGUGCGAGCGCGGCGGCUCGGGGGGCUCCGGGAGCCGCAGGCCGGCGCACGCCUACCUGCUGCCGCGCAUCACCUACUGCACCGCGGACGGGCGCCACCCGCGCGUCUUCGCCUGGGUCUACCGCCACCAGGCGCGCCACAAGGCCGUGGUGCUGCGCUGCCACGCCGUGCUGCUGGCGCGGGCGCACAAGGCGCGCGCCCUGGCCCGCCUGCUCCGCCAGACCGCGCUGGCGGCCUUCAGCGACUUCAAGCGCCUGCAGCGCCAGAGCGACGCGCGCCACGUGCGCCAGCAGCACCUCCGCGCGGGGGGCGCCGCCGCCUCCGUACCCCGCGCCCCGCUGCGCCGACUGCUCAACGCCAAAUGCGCCUACCGGCCGCCGCCCGCCGAGCGCGGCCGCGGGGCGCCGCGCCUCAGCAGCAUCCAGGAGGAGGACGAGGACCAGGACGAGGAGGCGGAGGAGCGCGAGGAAGGAGCCUCCCAGUGCGAGAGGCCGGAGGUGCUCAGCUUGGCCCGGGAGCUGAGGACGUGCAGCCUUCGAGGCGCCCCGGCCCCCCCGCCGGCCUCGCAGCCCCGCCGCUGGAAGACCGGCCCCCGGGAGCGGGCGGGCCAGGCGCGCUGAGAGCCCAGCGGACACGACUCGCGGCCCCAGACCCGGCCAGCCUGACUUACAGCCUCCAACCCCGGCCCUGCCUGCUAUGGCAACCCCCUGGUCCCCGAGCCCUUGCCUCCCCCGUGGUCUCUGUCGUUGUCCGCCCCGUGCCUCGUCCUGGCUCAGGGUGACGCCUGAUAUGCCCUUGAGUACUGGAGGACGAGAUGGGGGGAGCAAGCAGUAUUUUGUGUACACCUCCGCCCCCACUCGAGUCUCCCGGCGCCCUUCCUUAUGGAAUUGCCCCCCUACGCUUUACACCAAGUCUCUUUGCCCAUAAACCACGCCUUCCUUCCCAAAACAUCUACUCCAGAGAAGGGAGGAGACGUUUCCAGAAAUCCAGAAGCCUGGCCUUGAAUCUUGGCCAGGUGGCAGCAGCAGUCCUGCCCUUGGCCAGGCUAGCUUUCCUUCCAGGGAUGAGACCAACCCUGGGGAGGCAUUCCUGUAGGGGGAAGAGUAGAAGAGAAUUGAGGCUGGGCCCAAAGUGGUUACCGAGCCAGCUGCCAUAUACACAAAGGAAGAUUCUCAGGCCCUAUGCCUGGCCUCUCUAUCCCUUGGAGGACUUCUGAGACUCCACUGCUCUGCCUCUGGAGAUGACUCUGGAUGGUCCUACCAACAGCAGGCUAGGCCAGGGAACAGCUCUCUGCCCCAGGCAGCUGCCCAAGCCUGUGCCCUGGCACCUAGCACUCCCACAGGACUCCUCACCCGCCCCAUCCUUCUGCAUACAGAUGUGUGUGCUUUCCUGCUAGGUGUCCCAUAACCAGGACCAAGACAGGGCCUCCAGCAGAGGAAAGGAGAACCUCUGGCAGGUGCUUGAGGACACUGACUACCCAGAAAACGGACACAGGAGGGAAGCCUCCGUGUGGAGGCUUGUCAGUGCCAGGAGAGUCCUGACAGCAGCGGGAUUCUCAUGGCAGGAGGAGGCAGAAGGGUGCGGUCACCGGACAGAGGGAGCAGGCUCCUGCCCACGUGUCUCUCAGCAAGGCUGCUAAAAGCCCAAAGAUCUUUGUGUCACCAAAUGAUCAUUGUAAAUAAAGUGUUCCUGCUUUUUCAGCCUGUCA